AUGUCCGACGAUCCGGGUCCGGAGUAUCUAGAAGUGUUGGCCAGUCGAUUCGGUCAUUCGUCGUUCCGGCCGAUGCAAUGGCGCAUCAUCCGUUCGAUCAUCGCUGACCGGCGCGACAACUGUGUCAUCAUGGCAACGGGCUAUGGGAAAUCGCUAACGUACCAGUAUCCGUCCGUGUUCCUGGACCGCUUAACAUUCGUCGUUUCACCACUGAUCAGUUUAAUGGAGGAUCAGGUGCUAUCGCUGAACGUUUGCAACAUUCCCGCCUGUCUGCUCGGCAGCGCACAAACGUCCAACCCGAUUCCUGGCAUCGAGGCGGGAGAGUAUCGUGUAGUGUAUGUGACACCAGAGUUUAUUACCGGCGAGGGGGGCAAAUCAUUGCUACGGUCCACCCGCAAGCAGCUUGCUCUGAUUGCCGUCGACGAGGCACACUGUUUGAGCAAAUGGGGCCACGAUUUUCGACCUGCAUACCGUAACCUGUCUGUGCUACGAACGAUCUGUCCCGAUGUGCCAAUACUUGCGGUAACGGCCACAGCCACGCCCAAAGUUAGAGACGACAUUGUGCAGAGCUUGCGACUCACUAACGCACAGGUACUGUGCUCCGGCUUCGAUCGUCCCAACCUGAAGUUCAUCGUUCGUCUGAAGGGACCGCAAGGAGCGCUUGGCGACAUCCAGCCACUGUUGGCAGGUAAUCGCGAGGGAAGCAUAAUUAUCUACUGUCUCACACGCAAGCAAACGGAGGAGAUAGUGGCGCUGCUGAGCAGCAAAAGCAUAACGUGCGAGGCAUAUCACGCGGGGCUGUCCAUAAGCAAACGGCGUGACGUACUUGAACGAUUCGUGCGCGAUCGGCUGCAGAUCAUCGUCGCUACGAUCGCGUUCGGCAUGGGCAUCGAUAAGCCGGACGUUCGGCUCGUCAUUCACUACGGUGCAUCGAAGGACCUGGAGAGUUACUACCAGGAGGCAGGCCGCGCUGGUCGUGAUGGGCAACCGUCCCAAUGUAUCAUGUUCUGGAGUCGGUCGGACUUCAUUACGCACGAAUUUCUUCGCUCACAGUCCGCCGGCGGCACAGUGCAACACAAUCUGGAGCAGCUGUCUAGGAAAAUGGGCGAAUACCUCGAUACGCGUGACUGUCGGCGUCGCUUCAUUCUACGGUACUUUGAAGAUUCGUUCGAAAACAAGGACAAAGUCCUCUCAGAACCUGUCGAUGGGCAGCGGCACAAUUGCUGCGACAACUGCACCCGCGGCGGUGUGGCCAGAGACUGCGAACGCUUCGAAGGGAUCGAUUCUGACGGGCGAUAUGAUUUUGCAGCAGAUGCUGAGCUGUUACUGAAGGCGUUCGAAAAAUUUGGCGGCGGAACCGGUUCCGCGCUUCCGAUUUUGCUGCUACGCGGAUCGAAGAGCAAAAAACUGCACGAAAGCAACUACAACCACCCACUGUACGGUAGGGGAAGGGCACGCGAUGAAGAGUGGUGGAAAUCGCUGGUCACACUGCUUGAGCGGGAAGGCUUCCUCGACAAGACUCAAGUGACGAACCAUUUCAAUCGGUUUGCAAAAAUCUGCACGACAAAAAUCUCACCGACCGGCCGCAAAUGGCUGGAUGGUGGUGGUGGUGAGACGACCGCAACACGGAAGCUACGCCUAAAGCCCACGGCCGAAAUGUUUAAAUCAUUGAAAAUGGUGAAUUCUCCUUCAGAACUGCAGUCGGGUGCCAUCUGCGAGGUGGUUGCACCACGCGGUUCGCAGUCUUCGACAAUGGCACGUCCAACUCAGAGCUCAGCCACAGUACAACAAGAGCUAUUCCAGACACUGAUGAAAAAGCGCUCCGAACUGGCAAACGCUUUCGAGUGUAUGCCGUACAUGAUCGCUUCGAAUACGGCCCUGCAGCAGAUGGCCGCGAAGAAACCGUUGAAUUUGAACGAAAUGAAGAACGCCCAGCUCGAUGGGUUCUCCGAUGCGAAACUACAAAAGUUUGGUCGCGAGUUUCUGGUGUGCAUCCAACAGAAGCUCAAUUUUCUCCCACAACAAGCAGACAGACAGCAAUGCUCGCUGACAACCACCCAACUCGUAACAUGGAAUAUGUGGCAUUUGGAUCGGAAAAGUGUUGCGCAAAUCGCCACGGACCGCAACCUAGCAGAGUCAACGAUCAUCGGGCAUCUUUGUCAAGCUAUUCAGGCAGAUUGUCCCUUUGCAAAAGAGGAUAUCUUACGACUAGGCGUCGACGAGGAGUUGUACGCCAUGAUAGCUCUGCUUUUGCCAGCCGAUCUUGAGCAACCGUACAGCUUGAGCGCCCUCAAAGAGAUCUGCCCUCCGGAAGUGACGUACAGUCAGUUGAAGUUGGUGCUGGCGUUUGAAAAGUAUAAACCACAAAUCAUGGCACAACCGAAAGAGGAAAAAUCAAUCACUGCUACUAAUUCCGCAGAGGAAUGCAAUGAUCCUUUCGACGAGGAUGACGAUAUGUUCGAUUUCAGCGAGUUGGACCGUUUAGAGGCUGCCUUCGUUUUCGACAAAAACGUUUCGCCGUCCUCGGAGCCACUGAGCACGUCCGAAAAACAUUCUCCGUCACUAAUACCUGCUAGCGCCCUGAAAUCCGCCGAUUCGGCCGAAAAGGAAAAUAUAGGGUCGGUGGAAACGUUGCAAAUUGCCAACAAAACGGGCAAACGGGAUACCUGCGAAAAGGGAACAGAUGGGCCAAAACUUGAAGCCUGGCCGCCAACGGGUAAUCGGAAACGCAUUUUGUACCUGGACGAUGGUGACGAGGCCGAUGGGGAAAACAAUAACGAUGAAAUGAGCUAUCACUUGCCGAAAAGAAAGUUGUGAAUGAAUAUUUCGUUUUCGUUGCUUCACAAUCUCAAAGUUAUUUCGUGCCAUGUUUCCGCCAUCUGCAAUGGUUUUUCUGCACUCAACAAACAUUCUCAGUGAAACAAUUACAUGUCACUUUAAAGCUUAAGCGCAUCUUAUAAACAUAAAAACGACGGAAAUCUCUUGUUUACUACUUUAUUUGUUUACUCAGUAUGCGUUCAA